AUGUUUCAACCGAAUGACACCCCUAGUACCCGUUCCUUUCAUUUAGAAGACACUGACGACGACGAAAUUCACCAUCUUCCUCCAAAUGCCUCCACUGCAGAGACUCAAGCGUUAUUGACCGCAGAAGAUGCUGUUCCUCGUUACCUCACUGCAUCGCCUCUACCUUCUGCUAGACUCAGUCAAGAGACUCCCAAAGGAGCUUGGAGCACCUUGAAAAUCCGUUCAAAAUACUAUCUUCCCAUCUUGCAAUGGCUGCCAUUAUACAACAGACAGCUGUUUUUGGGUGAUUGCUUAGCAGGAAUUACGCUUGCCUGUUUAUUGAUUCCUCAGGGCUUGUCUUAUGCAACUGCACUGUGCAAGCUGGACGCGAUCCAUGGUCUGUAUGGUAUUGCUUUUCCGGCCAUUUCAUAUGCCUUCUUUGGGAUGUCAAGACAAAUGUCAGUUGGGCCUGAAGCAACAUUGGCCUUGCUAAUCGGGUCAUCCAUCGCACAACAAGAACAUCUAAAACACUCUGAUGACUACGAAAUUGAUCCUUUAGCUUGGGCCUGCCUCAUGACAUUCUUUGUUGGAAUAUUUACAUUGCUGCUCGGCAUCUUCCGACUUGGAUUUCUGGAUAGUCUCAUGAGUAGAGCACUCUUGCGUGGUUUCAUCAGUGGUGUAGCGCUGGUGGUCAUGGUGCAACAAGGUAUUACAUUGCUAGGUUUGGUUGAACGUAGUAGAGCAUGGGGCAUUUCAGAAGCUUCGACCACGAUCGAACGCUUAUAUUUUCUAUUUACGAAUAUCAAAUAUGCACAUGGUCUUUCCUCUGCUGUAUCCAUCAUCUCUGUUGGUAUCCUGUUGACGAUGCGUAUUAUCAAAUCAAAGUACGGCCAAUCCAAAAAGUGGUUUCAACUGUUUCCAGAUGUCUUGCUGGUCGUAGUGGGGUCUAUCCUGUUAACACAUCAUUUUGGUUGGGAGCGUAAAGGAUUGGCUAUAUUAGGCAAGAUUGAAAGUGCUGGUAUCCCUCUUCCAUCAAUCCCCUCUUUCCCUCCAAGUAAGCACAUGAAGGACCUCCUAGUGACCUCAGCUAUGAUUUCCGUUAUUGGUUUCGUCGAGUCGAUUGUCAUUGCCAAAAUCUACUCUAGUCGUCAUAAUUACUCGGGGAUUCCAGCUUUUGGAUCGGUAUCUCGAAGCAAGAUCAAUGACAAGGCUGGUGCUCGCACUCAAAUGGCUUGCCUCGUCACUGGCGUCAUUGCGCUUUUGGCUAUCUUAUUCCUCUUGCCUUACUUUCAUUAUCUGCCCAAAGCCGUGCUCUCAUCCAUCAUUUUCGUCGCUGUGCUCUCCCUCCUUUCAGAGCUCCCUGAGGAUCUACAUUUCAUCUUCAAGAUUGGCGCCUGGAGAGACUUGGGCUUGCUUCUCAUUACAUUCUUCGCUACCAUCAUCAUUUCGCUUGAAUUUGGCACUCUUUUAGCAGUGACCUUGUCCCUUCUUGUUACUAUUCGUGAAACUAGUUAUCCUCGGAUUUCAAUUAUGGGUAGAGUGAAAGGGUCUGUCAACAAAUUCAAGCCUGUACAAGAUGACCCCUCGGAAAUUGAGCAUUUACAAGACGUUUUGAUUGUUCGUAUCGAGGAAGCUCUGUUCUUCGCCAAUACAGGUCAGUUGAAAGACAGAUUAAGACGUUUGGAAAUGUUUGGUGAUAUGUCUAUCCAUCCUUCCGAGAGCCCCCGUCGAGAUGAGUCUCUGUAUACCAUAUUUGAUGUAGGAGCCAUGCCUACGAUUGACGCCAGUGCUAUUCAGAUUCUUUACGAAGUCGUGGAAGCUUAUAAAAGCAGAUCAGUGCAGGUCUACUUUGUCAGAUUAAGAGAGCAGCCUCUUGGCAUGUUUAAGAAAUCAGGUUUAUUGUACCUCGUUGGCGAAAAUCACUUGUUCAAGAAGGUAUCUGAGGCUAUCGAGUGUAUCGAGCUUGACAUUUUAAAGCGAGGCACCACAGUCGUUUGA